AUGGAGCUGUUCCUGGCCCCGGCAGGGGUCCUAGCCACACUGGUCCUGGCCCGGCCCUGUGAGGGCACUGGCCCAGCCUCGGUUGCCGGCCCAGACCAGUGGCUGUGCUCUCAGGACCAGGUGGGGAAGUGCAGUGACAAGUACCAGACCAUCACCGGGAAAUGCAACAACCAGUGGCGGGUCUGGGCUCUCUUGAACCAGAUUGUGUGCUUCCCCAGUGAGAAGCUGACCUCCCACCGGGGCCUGGCCCUUAUGUUCAUGCAGUUGGGAUAGUUCAUUGACCACGACUUGGACUUUACCCCUGAGCCCCCAGCCAGAGAGGCCUUAGCUGUGGGCAUCAACUGUGAGAGGACCUGCCCCCAGCUGCCCCCCUGCUUCCCCAUCAAAAUCCUGCCCAAUGACCCCCACAUCAGGGACCACAGUGACUGCAUUCCCUUGUUCGGUUCAGCACCCGCAUCUCAAAACAGGAACCAAGUCCAAAACCAGCUCAAUUCCCUCACCUCCUUCUUAGACGCCAGCCUGGUGUACGGGAGCGAGGUCUCUCUCGCCCUUGGGUGCAACACCUGCUUCAGCAACAACUGCCGGGCCCUGGUCCCCUUCCACAACCUUGUGAAACCCUGCCUCCUCACCCACCCCUCCCUGGGCAUCCCCUGCCCCCUAGUAGGUGACUCUCGACCACCUGAAACCCCCAAACUGGCAGCAAUGCAUCCUGUGUCUAUGCGAGAGCACCAGCUGGCUAUGGCGCUGAGAUGACUGAAUCCCCUGUGGAGUGGAGACGCGCUGCACCAGGAGGCCCGGAAGACUGUGACCAUGGCCCAUAUCAUCACCAAUUGAGACUUUCUGCCCCUGGUUCUGGGCAAGGCCUGGGCUCCCCUGGAGAGAACCCUGGAGCCCUCUCAGGGGUAUUGUUCCAAUGUGGACCCUUAUGUGGCCAUUGUCUAUCUGGCCUUCCGCUUUGGUCACACCAUGCUCCAGCUCUUCAGCACCUGGGCCUCAGCACCCAACUCAUGUGUCCUGCUUAGCACUAGCUUCUUUGCCAGCUGGCAAAUCAUGCAUGAAGGCGACCAAGUGUUAAGAGGCCUCAUGGCCACACCUGCCAAGCUGAACCCUCAAGAUGCCACGUUAGUUGACAGAGCUGCAGACCCGCUGUUUCGGCAAGUGAGGAGGAUUGGGCUGGACCUGGCGGCUCUCAACAUGCAAUACAGCCCGGACCACAGGUCGCGGGGGCUGCCCCUGCUGUAG